ACUGCCACUUCCUUAAAGAUUAGUCCUGAAGUGACGAAAAUAUCCGGGAUACAGGACGAAAGGCAGGCAGUGUUGUGGCAACCACUUUCGUAUCAAGGUAUGAGGAAAUUCGCAUCUGCUACAUUUUACGAGACUGCUUGCAGUCGACUGCCCUCUCCGUGAAAUUUCAAAGCAAAGGCGCUGUGUAUCCCAAUUACGAAACGUAGAUGAGGACGGAGAUAUCGGUAAAGCCAACAAGCUACGACUGUCCGUCAUGCGAUAUUAAAGGAGGAGCUUCUAAACACCGGCUUCCGUACUGCACAGUGAAAAAUUCAUGACUCCCGAUGUUCUCCGCUGUCCGGGGCAGACUGAAGCGAGGGAGAGAAAAGACGCAGUUUGACUCGAGGUAUUGAUCCUGUCCUGUCGCAUCGAUCCUCAGGUCACUGCACGCCUGAAGCCUUGCGGAGAGGGAGAGAGAGAGAGACGAUGAGGACGGCGGCAGCGGUGUGCUGCAGCCUCCUUCUCGUCCUGGCGGACGUCGUGGUAACCACCGUCCUCUACGUGCGCGGGUCCCACCCGGCGGUGUUCGCCGAGGACGCGCGCGACUUCGACGUGUUCCGCUCGGUCCUCGACCUGUGGGGGCUCCUGCUGGUCCGGGCGUCCCUGUUGGUGGGGGGCGCCGUCGGGGUGUCCCGGAACAGGGCGGACGGGCCCGGGAGGGCCUCAGCUCUCGGGCCGGUCUGCGACCUCCUGUGCCUGGUGGUGACGGCCUACGCCCUGGCCAAGCUGCUGGUGUUUUCGGAGCAGGGCUCCCUCGUGUACGACCCCUGGUUCCUCGGCCUGUUCGGCUGGACGUGCGGGUCGGCCGUGGGGACGGCGUGCCUGUGGCGGCUCCUGGCGCGGUCGCGCGAUGCGGUGGCCGACGGGGGCGGCGGCAGGGGCGGCGGCAAGGAGGAGUCAGAGAGGCUGGUGGACCCAGCCGCCGCGGAGGAGGAGGUGGACGAGGAGGCCCCUGGUGAGGAGGAGGAGGAGGAACGGAAAGGGGCGAAGGACGGACCGCACUCUGGGGCUACGGUCGGCCGUCUUCUGUCCUACUGCCGGAAGGAUGCGGGCCUGCUGACAGUGGCUUUUAUCUUCCUCCUGCUCUCCGCUAUCUGCGAGGCCUUCAUCCCGUACUACACCGGGCUGGCUAUAGACGGCAUCGUCAUUCACAAGAGCAUGGAGCACUUCACCAAGCCCAUGGUUACUCUGACGGUGCUGGCCCUGGUCAGCUCCAUCGCCAUCGGAGUGCGAGGUGGCGUUUUCUCCGUCACCUUCGCCAGGCUGAACGUCCGUCUGCGGAACCUCCUCUUCAGGUCGCUGAUGCGCCAGGAGAUCGGCUUCUUUGAUGCUAACCACACAGGUGACAUCACCUCGCGGCUGACCUCCGACACCACGCAGGUGAGCGACCUGAUCUCGGAGAACGUCAACCUGUUCCUGCGCAGCCUGGUCAAGGCCCUGGGCUUCUGCUUCUUCAUGUUCGGGAUGUCCUGGAAGCUCACCGUCGUCACCAUCAUGGGCUUCCCCUUCAUCGCGGUCAUCUCCGCGCUCUACGGAGAGUACUACAAGAAACUGACCAAGGAGGUGCAGGACGCCCUGGCACAGGCCAACAAGCUGGCGGAGGAGACCGUGUCGGCCAUGAGGACGGUCCGCAGCUUCGCCACUGAGGAGCAGGAGGCCGACUCCUACUACGCGCGGCUGCAGGACAUGUUCCAGCUGAACAAGAAGCAAGCCCUGGCCUACGCCUGCUACAUGUGGUCCAGCUGUAUCUCGGAGUUGGCGCUACAGGUGGGCAUCCUGUUCUACGGGGGCCACCUGGUGGUCUCGGGACAGAUGAGCGGGGGCACGCUCAUCUCCUUCUUUAUCUAUGAGCUGGAGCUGGGGGAGUGCUUGGAGAGCAUCGCGUCCGUCUACACGGGGCUCAUGAAGGGCGUGGGCGCGGCGGAGAAGGUCUUCGAGCACAUCGACCGGAAGCCCAGGCUGGCGCGGGACGGGCGGGAGGCCCCCGAGGUGUGCAAGGGGCUGGUGGAGUUCCAGAAUGUGACGUUCGCCUACCCCACCCGUCCCGAGGCGGAGAUACUGAAGGACGUGUCCUUCGCGGUGCGGCCGGGCGAGGUCACGGCGCUGGUGGGGCCGUCGGGCAGCGGGAAGAGCUCCUGCGUGUCCCUGCUGGAGAACUUCUACGCCCCGCUGCAGGGCCAGGUGCUGCUGGACGGAAGGCCUGUGCACACCUACCAGCACUCCUACCUGCACUCUCAGGUGGCAUUGGUGGGUCAGGAGCCGGUCCUGUUCGCUCGUUCCAUCCUGAAGAACAUCUCCUAUGGUUUAACGGACACCCCCAUGGAUGCAGUGGUGCAGGCUGCCACUAAGGCCAAUGCACAUGACUUCAUCUGCAGCCUCUCCAAGGGCUAUGAUACAGGCGUGGGGGAGAAGGGCGCGCAGCUGUCGGGGGGGCAGAAGCAACGCGUGGCCAUCGCCCGCGCGCUCGUCAGGAACCCGCACGUCCUGAUCCUGGACGAGGCCACCAGCGCCCUGGAUGCGGAGAGCGAGCACGUCGUUCAGCAGGCCUUGAAUGACGUCAUGCGGGACAGCACGGUGCUGGUGGUAGCGCACCGCCUGAGCACCGUGGAGAGGGCGGACAACAUCGUCGUGAUCGACCGGGGCCGCGUGGCGGAGCAGGGGCCCCACAGGGAGCUCAUGGCCAGGGGCGGGCUCUACUGCAAGCUGGUGCAGAGGCAGGUCCUGGGCGCAGAGACUGGAGCGGAGGCGCUGAACGCGUCGCCGUCGUCGCCGCGGGAGCCUGCCCGGCAACCGGAGAGCCGGCUGAGCCGUGCGCGAGACGGCAGCGAGUCGGAGGACGGCCCGCGGUACUGAGGGGAUCGCGUGGGCCAGGAGGCCGAGUUUCGAGGGACUGUGACGCACGCGCUCUCCGCCUUGUCCGGCGGAACCGCGGCUCGUUCUGACUGCCACGGACUUCUGUAUUCUUGAAGCGUUAAGAAAUUUAAAAUCAUAACUUUGAGACUAGCGGUACCUCAGACGGUGCAAGGUCAGUUGUUAAGUAGUACGAAAAUCUCACAUGGUGUCAGACGUAGACAAUAUACAUAAAAUAUAAAUAACUUUUAAAUAUGAUUCUAGGUGUUCCAGGCGCCGCUGAAGAGUAAAACGACAGAAUAUGUUGCACUGAGAAUCAUCAGAUUCACGAAUCUCAGAAAUGUCAUAACUUUGUGAAUCAGAGGUUGUUGGCCAAUGUGUACAUUUAAAUUAUUUUAGAUAUAGUGGGAGGCCUUCGUGUUACAAUGGAGAUGUCAUUAAAUCAGCUGAAGUGACGUAACAAUGGUGUGAUGACCUAAGUGUGGCGGAAGGAUACUGAAUAUACCGCAAUACUGAAUUGUUAAAUGGA